AUGAUAACCAGAAGAUUUGGUAGAUUGGUUUAUCCCUUUAACAACAUCUUCACCAAAAGGGGUUAUUCUAUGGGGAAGGUCGGAUUCUUUACCUCACGACGUACAUGGAUAAAUGAAACAGUUCAGGUGACCGUGGAAGGAAAAACAUACUCAGUGGGUAUUGUUGAAUAUACAGAUGAUUGGUCCCCAAUUCACCCGGCUCCUUUUGAUAAAGUAGAAGAGGAUUCAGAAGAAGAUGAUAUCGACGGUGAUGAAGACGAAGACGAAGAAAGUGAGACCGGAGGUGUUUCAGAGACUUAG